CACCUCUCCAAACCACAACCUCACUCAUCGCGCCCCUCUCUACACCGCGCAAAUUUCACAACCAUGCAGCCUACACUCCGCCGGAUGGCCGGCCACAACCAUGGCAUGAUCCACGCGGAUCCCGCCAUCAUCAAAUGGGCCACCAUGACCACGAACCGCCACAAAUACUUCCGCUGGACACGACGAACAGCCUGGAUCACAUUCGCAUACGUUGCUCUGGUACCUGGUUUGCUGGGCGCUGCGGGAUACUGGGCUGAGGGAAGGUGGGAGAUGCGUGGUAAGCGACGGGGUGAUACCAUCUCUGAGUUUUAAGUGCUGGAGAUGUAUUGUGGGAGGGAAAAGAGGAGAUGUGGACGAAGAAUCAGAUCGCAUUGCCGCUAGAGCGGUGUGGUGUGUGUAUUGAAUGCGAAAGAAGUACUCUCCGAA